CGUUACAACAGAAAUUUUUAUAUUUUUUCUUCACUUCAAUUUACACGAUCAAAUUAAAACACUUAUUUAUAUGUAAUGUCCAAUAAUAAUUAAAAUUAUGAUUGAAUUAAAAACCGAGUGAGCGAGUGAGUAAACGGAUAUGGAAUUUUGCAUAACUCGACUUUUGAUCGCCGCCCUGUUUAAUUAUGGUUAAAAUUAGACAGAAAACAAUUUUCGAUAUGAAAUUUUGGGAACGUAACGUAACAACAAGGCCGUGCACAACGCGAUUUUACUAAAUUUUGUACUCUUUCUGUUAAUCGUGUAACACAGAUAAUCUGCUACAAACAGAGAUGCCAGAUUUUUAGAUUUUUUUUUGUGAAUAUGCAAAUUUUUUAGUCGAGUUUUUAAACAUUUUUUCGUCUGCAAACGUUUGACAGAUCUUUUACACACAAUCGUCAAAAUUUACGGACUUUUCAAAUUGCUGCGAUCUUUUUUUGUAGCCCAAUUUUGAGAAUCAUGCUAGAUAAACAUUUCAGACUUAUUUUUGCACGCCGCCCGCAAAUAUUGACAAAAUUUACCUGGCAUCUCUGACUACAAAUUGUUUUUGUCGAAUGCAAAAAAUCUUCGAAUAAGCUAAACCGAGAAUAUGAGAAAAUCCCGAAACUCACGACUGGAUACGCUAUUUUGCGGCAACAAAAACUUGCCAUAGGCUCGGCGAUAUCGAAUGUUAUCAAAACCGACACAAGUUGACAAAACUAUACAAUCCCCUGAAUCUUCGAUCCCUCAGUGCACAAACGGAAUCAAUGCACAAUAUGGGUUAUCGAAGAUAAAAAAAAUCAUGAUGUGUACGCGAAAUCCCAUUUAUCUCCAAUUUCAGUCGUCUCUGAUCAGCAGGAUAUAUCAUCGUAUUCUUCAGAAUUAUUAAGCGAAGAGUUAUGCAAAGAUCAAACGUCAGAUGAUGCCACUUGUACAAACAAUUAUAAUUCGGUUGCUUUCAGUGAUGCUGAGAACAGUUUCGAGUUUGCGAAAUGAAUCUGGGGAAAAUAUUCGGAAGAUGAAUCUAACUGAACCUGCACCGGAAUGCCCAAACCGCGAAGAAGAAGAGCAUUGCUACAAAAAUGAUUUACUUCAUCCACACGGAUAUUCAUGGAUAUUAAACAGAAAGCAACCAGAUACGUUACAAAUAUAUGGAUGCAUAUAAUAGAAACCACCCAGAUACAGUCAGAGCGAUGGAUUUGUGCAUGAAACGCGAUGUUCCUGUAAAUGGUGUCAAAGGAAUUUCAAAUUUGCUCUUGGUACCUUAUUUUGAUAUCAUAAACAACUGUCCGGUUGACUACAUGCAUGCAGUACUUCUUGGAGUUUGCAAACAGUUUUGUAGGCUUCGAUUAUAGUGCCAAUGAAUAUUGUAUAAAACGGUAUAUUGAAAAAGUUGAUAACAUUCUGUCAUCUAUACGAUCUUUUCAAGAAUGUUCAAGAUCUCCUAGAAAAAUGAUAAACAAAAAGACAUGGAAAGCAAACGAAUGGCAAAAUUGGUUAUUACUUUACUGCUCUGUGUGUCUAAAAGGUUUCUUACCUAAGAAAUAUGUCAAUCAUUUCCAACUCUUAGUGUUAGCAAUAGAAAAACUAUUGAACACAAAUGUUACUGAACAGGAUAUUCUAGAGAGUGGGAAAUUGUUGAAUGUUGUUGUUGAGGAUUGUGAAAUUUUAUACGGAAUUGAUGAAAUGAAGUACAAUGUUCAUUUACUUUUGCAUAUUCCGUCUUGCUUAAGUAAUUUUGGUCCACUGUGGGCAUUUUCACUUUUUUGCUUCGAGGAUAUGAAUGGAGUUUUGAAAAAAUUCAUUAAAGGUCCUAAACAACCCGUUAUUCAAAUUGCUAGACGAUGUCUUCUAGCACAAAAGAGAGAAACUAUAGAUCUUAAAUCAAUAAGAAACGAUAAAGUACGUGAAUUCUGUGAAUCUUUUAAUAAUUAUAAUCGAAAAAUCUCAUGUAUAAACAAUGACAUUAACAUUAAGAAUCAUGAAAGUGCACUUAACGAGCAGAUUCCACAAUCAUCUUUUGAAGAACAUAAUUUUUUGAUUCGAAAUAGAUAUACAUUCAAACCAGUAAAAAAAUCAACUUCGAACUCGGAUGAUGCAGCUUUUACAAUGAAUGUGAAAGGUGAUAUUAUUUAUGGAGUUAUACAACGUAUCUAUUAUUCUGAUUUCGAUUCAUAUAUAUUAUACAAACUGAUAAUUGUUCAUAAAGAAGAAGGCCUAUUGAUAGGAAUAAUAACGACUAACAAAAACCUAGUAAAAGUAAAUGACUGUUAAGAAAUGCAUCCGGAUUUUUACAUCCAACAAAUUAUAUAUUAGGAUUGUCCAGUUUGUACCAUGGGUAGAUUAAAUAAUAUUUUAAUAUGUACACAAUUUUAUUUAGUCCUAAUUAAUUGCAGAAAGAAAUAUAUGAAAAACAAUAUUUUGUACUGUUCCCGAAAAACUAUAUUUCUUGCUAAUUGAAAUACAAUAAAAUGUAUUGAAACCAAUAGAAUUGACUGUUUACCAAUCGUUUCUCCUGUAAAAUGAAUGGUUAAUUUUUAUACGGGGAUUCACGACUUCCAUCGGAUUUCCAUCACUGAAUAAAAAUCAAACGUUUUUUAUAAAUGACUUCUCGAGUAUACUCCAUGAAAAUAUAUACAAUAUCUUCUAUUUCCUUCUUCUAAUCGAAUACAAUUAUAACAUACAUACAAUUCCCUGAAACACCUCAUGUACGCUAUGUUUUUUUCGAUUGGAUAACUCGAAUGAAUAGACCUCAUGACAUAUAUAAAAAAAUAAAAUGAAAG